AUGUCCUACACAUCCAAUGAACUUCCCUCUGACAAUGAUGUCUCUUGUGUUGCAGCUCGGUUAGGGAAUCAACUUUUUGCUGGAGAUACCUCCGACGUCCGACGCAUCUUCCUUAAUCUUGUCCCUGUCGGGCGCUACGCGCAGGCCCUUUUGCUGCAUGAGCAGUUUCGCCAGCAAGGUGACCUUGACGCGGCGAAGAAAUGCAUCGAGAUCUAUGAGGAGCUCUUAGAGGGACACGCAGCCGAACUCGCCUCUUCUCUGGAUCAGAAUCAAAACGGCGACUUAGCGGGGGGUCGCAUCUCCCGCUGCCAGCAGUAUCACACUCUCAUCGAGCUAGCUUCGGUUUACGAAGAUCGUUUCUUGUAUAUGGAGGACAACGACGACCUCGACGCCGCUCUGGAUCAUGGUCAAAGGGCACUUGCACUCUGCCGCGCAGAGGAUGUCGUCUGCCCUACCGUAUUGGUGAUAUUGUCGGGAGCCCUACAGCAACAUGCUUGGUAUUUCUCGAGCUCCGAAGAGCAAUGCGCGGCUGUCGAGAUGUGCGGAGAAGCGAUUUCACUGUGCGAGUUGGGCCAUCCGCUCAUAGCCAUUGCUCGUGCUAUACUCGCAGCCGUCAGCUAUAGGCGUUCUCUGCGAAACCAGUCACAAUUGUACCCAAACGAGGCUGUCGAUCUGCAGAGAUUAGCUAUAGAAGAACUUCCCCGAUCCCGAAACCACGACAAACAUCGAUAUCUACGUGAUCUCGGCUGUUACUUGUUCAGCCAAUGGCAGAUUCAAGCUCGUGGUGAUAAAGGCCUCCUCGAUGCAUCGAUAUCUACACUGGAAGAAGCUGUACGAAUGUGCCCCGACAACCAUAUCGACAAAGCAGCGGCUGUACGACACAUGCUCGUCGCGCUACAUCGAAAUUGCGAACUCUCCGGCUCUCUUGAAGACCUGAAUUCCGCGAUCAAGUUCGGAAUGGGUGCUCUCCCAAUUGGCCGCCCGGGUGGCCAGCCGCAUCCCGGAACCUUGAACGCGGUGGCGACCUUAUUUGGUACCCGCUACAUACGCACGCUCAUGGACGAACGCGAUAUCGAUCAGUCCAUCGAGUUCCGCCGAGAAAUCCUGAAGUACACGCGUGAGCGCAGUCACGUCAGGCACUGGACCAGUGCGGCGAAUCUAGCUAUAGAUUUGCGAUUACGCUAUGCUUCGACUGGCGAGCUGGGCGAUCUCGAAGAAGCGAUUGAACUGUGCCAUGAGGCCAUGGCGGCUAAUCCAGAUCCUUCGGCCCAAUCUUCGUCCUCGGAGGCGUUAUCGCAUGCAUUGAUGUUCCGCUUCGCCGAAACGAGGGAUAUCGCUGAUCUGAAUGAUGCACUGAAAUGGAAUCGCCGAGCUCUGUCUUUGCGGGAGCCGUCACACUUGUUUUACAACGAGUAUGCCAUUACAAGAAUAAACCAACUCUGCAUACGGUUUGAGACAACCGGAGAACAGGAGGAUUUAGAGGAGGCGAUCUUGCUGGGGGAAAGCAUUCUCCAAGCCACUUGGGGGGACCGUGCUGAGAUAAUCGAUGUCAUUCGUCAGCUCUCAAAAGCUUUGUUGUUCCGAUGCCGGUACCGACGCGAUAUCACUGAUGCGGAACGUGCCCUCCAAAUCCUGGAAUCGGUCUCAACAAGAAUAUUGCAGCGCAGGGACUGGCCUCAUAGCCUGCGCAUGCUUGCUAGAGGGCAUUUAACGGUGUUUCGCUUAACUAGCGACCCACAAAGCGCCAAUCGAUCGUUGGAUAUCAUAGUCAAGCUUCUCAAAGAUGUGCCCCCUGGUGAUCACGACCAACAAGAAUGUCUCAUUGAUGCUGCAGAGCUGUAUAUGGAGCGCAACACCCCCUUCCGUGACCCAUCGCUCGCCCUCCAGUACUUGAAGCGUGUCUUGAGCGAUGAUUCACGAGACGUCCGCUCCCGAAUACAAGGUGUUACACGCAUUCUAGACGUCAUCCAAGCUGAACACCGAGAUGCCUUCACCGUUGACGAUGCAGCAUCGUCCUGCUUGUUGGAGAUAUACAUGCACAUCGUCAGUCUCCUCCCGCGAGCAGCGUUCUUUAGCCUCCACCUUCUAUCUCGACUGCAAUCGUUGAGAAUGGGGCAACACAUCGCGGCUGUAGGCGCAGCUCAUGCGCUGAAGCAAUCGCUCCCGCACCAAGCUCUGGAGAUCCUGGAGCAGGGUCGCGCCAUCUUCUGGACUCAUUCUCUCCGGCUUCGGUCCUCCUUCGACAUCGUCCCCGAAGGUAUCCGUGACCGUCUCAAAUCCCUCGCCAGACAACUAGAGCGGGUGACAGAUACCUCUGAUACAACCCGGAACGAUCGGGCCACCGACGCAGAAAUCGCUCGUAGGAGGAAACAGAGCGAGGAAUUCAACUCGAUCUUGGAGGAAGUGCGCGCAUUACCUGGUUUGGAACGUUUCAUGCUCCCAGAGACAUACCCAACGUUGAUGAAAGUCGCGGACCGAGGUCCGGUCGUGGUGCUCGUUUCCAGCGCACUGGCCUGUUAUGCUCUCGUCCUGAAGCCCUCUGGCGACAUCGCCAGCAUCCCUCUUCAGCAGCUGGAUGAUGCAUGGUUGGUGCAGUCAGGCACAGCGUGGCGAGCAGCUGCUAUGGAAGCCAGGUCUCUUUUGAGGGAUCGCUUGAAAGUAUCCAAAGUCAGCACCUCGCGACGGGCCAAAACCACGGUUGACGAUAUAUUGCGCCGUCUGUGGCUGACUGUGGUCCAGCCCGUGAUCGCAGAAUUGGGACUACAGGUGUCCGCAGGUCGGAGUCGCCCCCGCGUCUGGUGGUGCCCGACCGACUACCUCGUCUCCUCGUACACACCAACUCUCGGUGUUCUCCUUGCAUCCAGGGCCGCGUACACCCCGGUCAAGAAGAGUGACGUCCGAGCUCUCAUCGCCGCAGUUCCUCGCUCGCGCAUGUCGCAGUGGGAUGAUCUACGAUCAACGAGCGAAGAAGUCGACGCAGUCCGCAGGAUGUUGCCAGAAGGGGCGGAAAUUGCAUUAGCAGACUGUCGGCCGGAAGACGAGAGCGUGACUGCCAGUGGCCGUCCAUUUGCGGGGAUAACGGCUCAGGCGCUGCUCCAGGAACUACCCCAAGCGUCCUUGUUGCACCUCGCCUGUCACGGAUACCAAGAUCCGGAGAACCCCCUUAAGAGCGGAUUCGUCAUGAAAGACAAGCUGUUGACGAUAGAGUCGCUCAUGCCUGUGCCGCUGCCCCAUGCGUUCAUGGCAUUCUUGAGUGCCUGUGAGACUGCGAAAGGGGACACGAACCAACCCGAUCAGGCGGUCCAUCUGGCGGCUGCCCUGCUCUUCGCCGGGUUCAAGAGCGUGAUAGCUACGCUCUGGUCGAUGGAGGACGCCGACGGACCUAUGGUCGCUGCGGCAGUCUACGAGGACAUUUUCAGCGGCGAUUCGGAAUACAUCGACCCGGACGUGAUCCCAUACGCGCUGGACGCAGCAGUGCGACGUCUUCGAGCCGACCAUCCUGAACCGAGUCGAUGGGCGCCGUAUAUACACCUAGGAAUCUGA